CCUCCGUCGUCUUUUUCCAAUAUGGCGCGUGGUGCAGUGACGUGUUUGAUUAUUUUUGUUGUAAUUUGUGGUUUUCUGAAUGUAAAAGGACAAAAAGACAUUAUAUUAUUAAAUGAAGACAACUGGACGGACAUGCUGAAGGAUGAGUGGAUGGUGGAAUUUUACGCACCGUGGUGUCCGGCUUGCAAAGGACUCCAAGACACGUGGAAGCAGUUCGCUGCGUGGGGCAUCGAUAUGGGUAUCAAAGUAGGCCAAGUAGACGUUACAGCAUCCCCAGGUUUGAGCGGCAGGUUUAUGGUGACCGCCUUGCCAACCAUAUUUCAUGUCCUCAACGGCGAAUUUAGACAAUAUAAAGGUUCCAGGGAUAAAGAGUCCUUUAUGUCGUUCGUAGUCGAAAAGAAAUGGCAGCAAGUCGAACCGGUGCCUUAUUGGAAAUCGCCCAACUCCGUACAAAUGUCGAUUGUUUCCACAUUUUUCAAAUUAUCGCAAACUUUAAGGCUUAUUCACACUAAAUUGAUGGAAGAUUUCGGUCUCCCGACGUGGGGAUCCUAUUUGAUUUUCGCUAUUGCAACUAUCAUUUUGGGGGCGCUGCUGGGUCUUGUCCUGGUUUGUUUGAUCGAUCUUAUCUACCCUCCUAAGCAACCCAUAAUAAUCACAACGGAGAAAAGGAAGUUAAAAGAAUCUGAUGAUGAAUUGGGUGAUGAAGACAUAAAGGAUGAUCUGCUGGACGACGCCGAAGUGUCAGAUCAAGAGAAAAGUAAGAGCAAUCCCAGCAGUCCUAACGCGAGGAAACGCAAAUCAAGAAGAGCGGAUUAACAAAAGAAGGCUGCAAAAUUUGAGACUUAUUCCAGUGACAGUUUGGGGUGUGAACUAACAAUAAAUGGAAACGAUUAAUAAAUAAUUCCAUGAAGAUAUUCGAAUUUUCUAUUAUUAUUAAUAUUAUUGUAGAUUUUUUCAAUAAACUUGUGAUGUUAUUUUUUA